UGGUCAUCAACGACAGUGACUGCUCCAAGAUGACGAAGGCUAGCAAAGAGUUCCUCGUUAAGCAGCAGAAGGUUUUCGACUUGCUGUGGCGCGUCGAUCAGCCUGAACUUAAACCUGAGCUCUACGCCCUGGGAAAGUCAUACAAGAUCGAAGUGGAUUUGAAUUGUUACUCAAAUCAGGAUGCCGUUAAAGAAUUGCUGGCACUGCAUCAGCGCGGGAUGCUGUCUCGUGGAAAAAUCUUUUCGAUUUUCCACUCGGACCACCUGCACGAGGCCAUAGCUCUUUUCAAGGUACUUUAUCACUCCAAGGACUUUGAUACCUUCUGCAAGACCGCCGCUUGGGCUCGAAUCCACGUUAACGAGGGGAUGUACGUCUACGCCUUCAGCGUCGCCGUAAUCCGCUACCCUGAAACCUUUCGAAUCCGACUUCCUUCUCUCCACGAGUUAUACCCCCAUCUCUUCUUCAAGAACGAAGUUAUCCGAAGUGCUUACGACGCGAAACUCUACAACGAUCCCACCAAGACCGUGGCGUCAUCCGAUGGUGCAAUUUUCAUUCCGGAUAAUGAUUCUAUCCCGUCCUCGGAGUGCUGCUCCCACGACGAAUAUAAACUUCGUUACUUCACCGAUGACGUAUAUUCUAAUGAAAUGCAUUACUUCUCUCAACUUAGUCAUCCAUUCUGGAUGAAAUCUGGAGAAUUUGGACCACACUUCCCAAAACGUGGUGAAGUAUAUUUCUUUGCAUUGAGGCUCCAACUUGCCCGCUAUAACAUGGAACGGUUCAGUAACGGCUUGGGUGAGAUCGAAGAUUUCGACUGGAGUUAUCCGAUCCCGCACGGUUACCAUCCUAGCAUGAGCUAUCACAACGGUUUGCCGGUCCCUCACCGAAGCGACGACGCCAUGCUUCCCAAUCAUAAGCUCGGCUUGAUCAAGGAGCUUCGCAAUCUUGAACAACUUUUCGCGUCGGCAAUCGAUUCGGGAUUCGUCUUUCACAAAAAUGCUACAUUCGAAUCUAUUCGCACUCGAGGUGGUAUCGAGGUUCUCGGUAAUCUCAUCCAAGGAAACGCUGACUCCGUCAACCAUGAUUUGUACGGCAAUUACGAGCUGCUUGCUAGAGACGUGCUCGGCUUCAGCCCGGCGCCUCGUGGCAAAUACGACGUUGUGCCGAGCAUCAUGCAGGUCUACGGACUGAGCCUACGUGACCCGAUGUACUGGAGUCUUGUCAAGAGGAUCAUGAGCUACCACAAGAAAUUCGUGUCAUACCUGCCAAAGUACACGUACAAAGACUUGGCCUUCCCCGACGUAAAGAUAGAAUCCGUGGCUGUCGACAAGGUCGAGACGUAUUUCGAUGAUGUCGACUACCUGAUCUCGGCUGCGGUGAAAGCACGCAACGCAGACGACAAAACUUUGAUCAAGGCUCGACAAUACCGGUUGAAUCACAAGCCUUACACCUACGACAUCACUGUGAACAGCAAGGCAGCCAUACAGGGCUACUUGAGCAUCUACAUGGGACCCAAAUAUGAUUUCAACCACGAAGAGAUUGAUCUCACCAAGAACUACGACCAGUUCAUACUUCUGGACGCAUGGGGCGUUGAUCUCCAACCCGGGAUCAACAAAAUCAAACGCAGCAGUGCCGAAUCUGAAUACGUAGGGUGCGACCCGGUGAGCAGCGAUGUGUUCUACCGGGAAAUCGAGAGAGCUAUCACGGGUGAAACCCUUUACGAAAUUCCCAAGUACCCUUACAGAUAUCCGGAGCGCCUGGUCAUCCCUAAGGGAUCCCCGGAGGGUGUGCCCUUCCAGUUCUUCGUCCACGUUACUCCCUACGCCGAAAAGAGCAUGUACCAUUUCCAUUCUGCGAUGUUCGGAGACAAGAAAAUUUUGGACAAGCCGCUAGGAUUCCCGCUGGACAAACCGUCGAACUUCAACAUCGCCGAUCUGCCGAAUGCGUACUUGAAAGAAUUCAAAGUUUAUCACAAGGAGGAAUCGGAAAUCAGUGAAAGCGCCUAAUUCAUUGAUCUGCAUCGCCAUUUUCACAAGCAGCUGCAUUCUGUUGGAACAUUUGAAUUCUAUUACAGAUUUUUCUGUCUAUGACAUAUGACGGGAAAGAGCGACUCUGCACUCAAAGAUUCCUCGAAAUCUACUUGAAAGCUUAUUGUGAAAUACGAUGUAAUGUAGUCUCAAAACGUAUGAACGUACGCUACUCUAUUUGAUGCUCAUGAAAUAUAUAACUAUUUGUACUGGAUCUUGAUAUUCUUCAGACAUUCCACGCCAUUCAAUAAACACUGCUUCAUUUAUCCGCCUGUCUUCGUCUCCGAAUUUGGCACAGAUAUACAACGCGUGUCUAAGGGCAUUAGGUUAUAAACGCCAUCUUACGAUCUUUUGCUGUUCAAACAGGUGAAAGGGUGUAUAUUUUGUGUUGAUCGUUUUUAAAACAUGAAAAUAUCAUCAGAAACGUUGAAAUCAAAUAACACCUCAAUUGAGAGUAAAAGGUCGUAUGUACUGGUAGAUUACAUUCAUCAAGGGAUUUUUUUCCAGCAUUUUUCAUUAUCGUCCAAAUUUUGACAAAAAAUCCCAAGUGGAUAGCCUUACUUACUUACCGACUGCAGUGGCUAAAGUGCUAGCAUUCGUAACUGUGGAGCGGGAGGACUUAAGUUCGAAUCCCUGGCCUGUCGAUUAGGUUCCCAACGCCAACUUGCAAUAAAAUUUAAAACGGAUCACGCCGUUCAGGCACCGCGUUGCUGGUCGGUGCUUUCGACUCGUGUCCGGCUACACCUGGACAAGGCUUUUGGCAGUUUCCCUUGUCCCUUGUGCAGAUGCGGGUGUGUUUCAACGUACCACUGCCAACCCCCUGCUCUUCUCUACU